CAUGGGCAAGUCUUGCAAAGGCUUGUUUGAUGAAUUGGUUCGAUGUCUUAGCAACUCGGACUGUGUAAAGAAUCAUCCUGAUAGGAAGACAGCGUUGAAGGAUUGUGCAAAAAGUAAUGGUAGUGAUGUUUCUGAUUAUUGUAAAGGAGUGCGGGACUCUUAUUACAAAUGUCGUCGGGCAGCUUUUGAUAUGAGAAAAAGAAUUUCCGGAGUACCAGGCUAUUAGUUGAAGAAAUUGAUUGAAGUUUUAUGGAAACAAAGCAACAGUUACUAGGGUUUGUUAGGAAGUUUGGAGAGCAGCCAACAGUUUGGAACUUUGGUGAUAGACUAGUGAAUAAACACUGUUGUAUAGUGUCAUAGAACGAAAGAACUUGUUACAACGUGAAUAAUAUUGAAGUGUUUUCAAGCAAUCGUCCUUUACGGUAUAGUUGGAAUCCCUAGUGACAUCUUUCAAGGAGUAAUAUAGUAUUUCAUUUGUUGUUUGUUUCAACAAACACGUUAGUUGUCCAAAAAUGCUAUACGUAAAAUAUAGAAGCAACUAGUAUCCUGCACUCACUUUUGCAAACAACUAUCAAAUACUGGAAACAUUCUCAAUAGCCUAACUGUGAUAUAUGAAGCAAUGGUCUGACGAUUGCACACUCAAUAUAUGCCUUUAUCUAGUUUUCUACAAAAGUUUUGACUCAUUUCCAAAGCAAUAUUUAUCUCAAGCUUUCAAAGGAUCAAGGUAACAUAUAAAAUAGUAAAAGAUUUCUUACAAAAUGAAGCUGCUCCAACCAAUCCAGUUGUGUGGUGUUCACGUGUUGGAUAUCGAAUCCAUAAUAUGGCUGAAUGGUUCUCCUGCUUGUUCCGAAAAGUU